AUGUGGAGGGGGCGGACGGGGCUUUGGGGGUGGGGGCUGUACUGCGUGGCGGUCGCCUGGAUCGUCAUCAUCGCUGGCUGUGUGAGUGAGGCUCUGGACACCAGGGAAGGAAGGCAAACAUUGGCUGAAGGGCGCUUUGCACCACGGAAACUGCUCCAGACAGAUGCUGAUUGGGACAUGUGGGCGGCCGCCCUGCUGAACGACACCGACGAUUUCUUCGCCGCCCUGGAGGACGGCGCGGACGUCAACGUCUCCCUGGGCUUCGAGGGUGCCUGCCCCUGCACCGCCCUCAUCCUCUCUUCCGACGCCGGCAACCUCCAAAUCGUCCAAGCCCUCAUCUCCGCCGACGCCGACCUCGAUGCCGCAACGGCCAAAGGAGCCGCGACGGCGAUCUUCGCCGCGUCCCAGAAGGGCCGAUCGGCGAUCGUGGACGUUCUGAUCGCUGCUGGGGCCGAUGUUGAGAAGGCGCGAUCCACGGGCGCCACGCCGCUGAUGGUGGCGGCCGAGAACGCGCACGCGGGCGUGGUGGGCGCGUUGCUGCGUGGAGGGGCGGAUGCCGGCGCGGCGGACGGCGUGGGGCAGACGGCGCUGCAUCUGGCGUCGAUGAAGAUCGGGGAGGCCAGCAGGGAGAUCGCGGAGGCGCUGAUCGACGCGGGGGCCAACAUCGAGGCGCGGGACGCCGACAUGUGGACGCCCCUCAUCUGGGCAGCCCACUUCGGCAACGUGGGCACUUUUAGCGUCCUCCUGGAGAGGGGCGCUGACCCCGCGGUCAAGGAUGCCAGCGGAGGCGGCCUGGAAGACCACAUCUGCCAGUGCCCCUUGGUGCCCGAGACUGCAACAGGCCUGGUGUGCCCCGAGGGGGGGUGCGACAGUGGGGCGGCCGACGCCAUAGCGGAGAUGCUGAGGAGUUGA